GUCCUCAAUCUGACAAGAACACCCAGACCUUCAGGACCCUCUACAUCCCCCCCAGGACCUGACAACACCCUUCAGGACACCAAGUCCCUUCUGGACCCUCCUCAUCCCCUCCUGACCGUCCAACAUGGACCCAAAGCGUUGGUCCUACAGCUCGCAGCAGCAGAGUCGCCUCAGGAGACAGCGGACAAAGAGAGAGUGGAGACCGCUGGAGGACCGGAGCUGCACCGACCUGCCCUGGUUCCUCCUGUUCACCGUCUUCUGUGUCGGAAUGGGAAGCAUCUGUGGUUUCACCAUCGUGACCGGCGGCGCCGCCCGCCUGGUGUUUGGAUACGACAGCUACGGGAACACGUGCGGUCGACACAACGAGCAGAUCGAAGGCGUGAGGCUCAGCGGCCUCGACCACAGAGACAGGAAGUUUGUCUUCUUCCUGGAUCCCUGCAACGUGGACAUCGUUCAGAGGAAGAUCAAGUCCAUGGCCUUGUGUGUGUCUCUGUGUCCGAGCGAGGAGCUGAAGACGUACCAGGACCUGAAGACGUUUGCCAUGCUCAACGGUUCUGAGCUGUGUUCCUACGAGUUAGCGGCUCAUAAAUAUCCUGGUCUACCUGAGAGGUUCUCUAAAUGUCCCAGACUUCCUGUUCCACCCAGUAAGCCGUUGCCGGUGUUUAACCGCUGCACUCCGAUGGAUAUUUCCUGUUACACGAAGUUUGCAGAGGCCGUGGUGACGUUUGUGGGAGACAGCAGUUUUCUGCACCGACUGAUUGCUGGCGUCGCUGCGAGUAAAGAAAUCAUCGUGGGACUGUGCGUGCUGGCGCUGGUCCUCUCCAUGCUCCUCAUGGUGAUCAUCAGAUACAUCUCUGCCGUCCUCGUCUGGAUCCUCACCUCUCUGGUUGUCCUCGGAUCGCUCGCCGGAACCAGCGUUCUCUGGUGGCUCUACAUCGACCACCGGCUGUACGGAAACGACACCUCCCCCAAAGUGCGGAAGGAGGCGAGAGAAGAGGGGGGGAUGCCUAGAGACAGCAGUCAGGCGCUGCUCGUCUACGCUGUCGCCGCCACUGUCUUCACCAUCAUCCUGCUGCUGCUGAUGCUCUUCAUGAGGAAACGAGUGGCGCUGACCAUCGCCCUGUUCCACGUGGCAGGAAAAGUCUUCAUCCACCUCCCCCUCCUCACCCUGCAGCCCUUUGUCACCUUCCUCGCCCUCCUGCUCUUCUGGAUCUACUGGAUCCUGGUCCUGCUUUUCCUGGGAACCAGUGGAAACCCGGUCCAGAAUGAGGAGACAGGUUUGACAGAGUUCAGACUGACAGGUCCUCUUCAGUACCUCAUCUGGUAUCAUGCCGUGGGUCUGGUCUGGAUCAGUGAGUUCAUCCUGGCCUGUCAGCAGAUGACUGUGGCUGGAGCUGUGGUCACCUACUACUUCACCAGGGACAAGAACCGUCUCACGAUGACCCCGAUCCUGUCGUCUGUCGGGAGGCUGGUCCGGUACCACUUAGGCACCGUCGCUAAAGGAUCCUUCAUCAUCACGCUGGUCAAGAUCCCUCGACUCAUCCUCAUGUACAUCCACAACCAGCUGAAAGGAAAGGAGAACGUCUGCGCUCGCUGUCUGCUGAAGACGUGCAUCUGUUGCCUGUGGUGUUUGGAGAAGUGCCUCAACUAUCUCAAUCAGAAUGCAUAUGCAGCCACAGCGAUCAACGGCACCAGUUUCUGCACGUCUGCCCGCGACGCCUUCGUGAUCCUGGUGGAGAACGCUCUGCGUGUCGCCACAAUCAACGCCAUAGGAGACUUUGUGCUCUUCCUUGGGAAGGUCCUGAUUGUGACAUCGACAGCAUUCGCCGGCGUCCUCCUCCUCAACUACCAGAGGGAUUAUGCCGAGUGGCUUCUGCCGCUCAUCAUCGUGUGUCUCUUCUCCUUCCUGGUGGCGCACUGCUUCCUGUCCAUCUUUGAGAUCGUGGUGGACGUCCUAUUCCUCUGCUUCGCCAUCGACACCAAGUACAACGAUGGAACUCCAGGAAAAGAGUUCUUCAUGGACAAAGCUCUGAUGGAGUUCGUGGAGAGCAGCCGGAGGUUGGAGCGGGUGGAGCGUGGGCGGAGCCGGGUGAAGGAGGCGGUGUCUGAGGGGGCAGAGAUGAAGCCCAUGAGAGGAAGGACGCAGCAGAUGUCUUCCCGGAUUCUGGUCAAAAAACACUGAGCCACUGUCAUCAUCUGGAGGUCCAGCAGAGGGCGCUCUGUGAGUCUGCUGCGUCUCAGCUUCUCCUCAUGUUUAAAAUACGUCCAGGCGGAGGUCAUGGGGUCAAGAGGUCACAAACUCUCCGGUCGUGACACAUUUGAAAUGUGAUGCUUGACUCAUGACCUUCAGUCCUGCUGGUUUUAAACACCUUACUACCCAUAAUGCUCUGCUCUCACCCCUGUGGCCCUGGUGUUUUGUGUUUCAGGCUCCGGGGACGAGUUCAGCUUGACCAAAAUCAGAGGGAAUAAAAACGAGAGACAUUCCAGAAGUUUAUUUUUCCAGGUGUAACAUGUUUACUAUGGUUUCACUCCAGGGAAAACAAUAUUUUAAUAAGAAACUGUAAAAACGUAACGAUGACGCACUUUAUACCGAAGCGCUGCAGAUUUUAAACCUGCUGAUGCAUUUUUUCGUAGUGAUGUCGUUUUUUAUAAACUCACCCUGAACUCAUUGCUCACAGUUUGAUUUUGUUCUGGAGAAACCUGCUGGUUGCUGACACGCACCUGGACUCCAUGUUGGAUCUGGAGCAUUGUGAUGUCAUCAGAGGGGCGGAGUCUGUGCACAGGACCUGCAGCCAUAAAGCUCUGCGUCUUAUUGGUGGAUAGAUACAGAUAAAUAAUCAUUAGAUGAGACUGGGCCGUCAGUAAAGUAAUCAUAAUAUCUUAUCUUUUAUCUUAAUACCAGAUUGUACAAGUACUACAAAUAGGUCUUUUUUCUGCAGUACUAUAGUCAACCCUCAAGUAAAAGUACCUGAAAACUACUUGAAAACUAAAAACGUGGAUGAAUCGUGAAUGUGUCUGAUUCAUCAGCUGAUACGUUGCCACAGAAACUAAAUCUGAAUAAUGAACUGAAAUGUGAUUGGUCGUUGACCUCAGGGACAUCUGUGGCAGACUCCGCCUCCAACAGAGGUUGUUGACCUCUCGUCCUCAGGUGGGGCAGACAGUGGGUGGGCGGAGCUUCCUGUUGAGGUGACAGCUGAGUUGAGCAAUAACACAAACUGCAUCAUGUGACAUCAACAACAACGAUAAGUCUUCCUGCUUCUGUUUCAUCGACACGCCCCAGGUCGAUGAUGUGUCAGUGACUCCACAGAGUUCAGCAUCUCUGAUUGGCAAACACAGGACUGACCAGAUCGUCCAAUCAGAGUCUCCUGAUGUCCAGUUGAAUGUUUAGAAGAAACCCAGUAAGUGAACCUUUGAGUGGCAGGAGUCAGUUCCUGAUGAAUCCUGAAGGACGACCUCUGAGUCCAGGUGUCCGCCUUCCAGACUCCGCCCACCAGCUGUGUACAAACCUCACGACGGGGGAGCUGAUUGGCUGAUUCUGCCCCAAUCUCACAUGUGUUGAAUCACAGAUCAAUGUUCAGUGUUUGAUUUUCAUAACCUCGGAUAUAAAACAAUUCCCAGAAAUCUCUGAGACUCACAGCUGGGGAAGCCAAUUGUCUCAGAAUAAUUAUUAUAAUCCAAGAAUCGCAGCAGUGAUUGGAUGACCUGCGCCCCCUGCUGUUCAUCAGCAGCAGAGCAGAAGACGAGAUGUGGCUCACUUCGUGUUUUAAUGUGAGUGUGGAUUCAGUUUGAUGAAGGAGUUGUUUACACAUGUUCUGACUUUUAGCCGCAGCUGAUUGGCCGCAGCUGAUCAGCUCUGCAGGAGACCAUGUGAUGGUUUUCAGGCCGCGACUGUUCCCAUCACCCCCCUCUGCUGGCUGAGUGAGGGUGACAUCUGAUGCCUGUUUCACAGCUGAUCUGAGACAUGUUCACAUGAAUCACGUUAUUGUGGUGGACACGUGUUCAUGUCGUUGACACGGAGGUCACAUGACCCUGAGCACGUCCACUAACUGCACUAAAGAUGAAUUCAUUCAGUCAGUUUCAAGUAGUUUAGUAUUGUGAGCACAAACACACACACACACAAACACACACAUUCAUGUUCAAGCUCCUGAAAAAACAAAUCAACAAAUCCUUAAUUGGGAUCAUGUGACUCCUGUCGUCAGGCAGAUUUCACAGCAGGAAAAAAAGAGUUUAAUUCAAACAUCAGAUAAACAUAAUGAAUGUUUGUUUUUUUAAGUUCUGGAAAUUACCUUUGACUUUUUUUAUUCAAAAAAUCCAUCCCAUAAUUAAUAAAUGUACCUGUAAAUUAGUUAAAAAAGCAUUAAUGAAAUUAUUUCAAUUAAAUAUCACAAUAAAUAUUUGUUUAUUGAUCAGCUCAUGAUUUUAGAUUGAAAGGUUGUGUGUACGAUUCAGGUGAAACGAUCUUUUGACAGAAAGUGAAUAUAAAGUAAUCCUAGUAAUGAUUUCACUAGUGUUUCAUCUAAAUUGUACGAAUUGUUUUAUCUACCCUAGAAUGAGCCUUUAUAUUUUUAUACUUUAUAAUUAAAUACUUUGUCUCCAUCGGGAGCGGCUCCUCUACGAAGGCCGCUAUGUUUUUUACAGUAGCCCAUAGUGGACAAACUACACCUUUUGAGUUUCUUUGACAACUGAAGCUACCACAGGUUCUCUUUUAUAUCCUGAAGGGGGGUGUGAGCUGAAGGGUGUUCAGUGGCAACAUGACAAUUCACCACUAGAUGUCACUACCUUUGGCACGAUGAACCUUUAAAAUCGACCGGUUCACAACAACCUUUACUCUGUGUGAAGUGACAUUAGUUAGAAACGAGUCGUUUUAAUCCUCCACAAUAAAACGUUUGACAUGUUUACUGGUUGUCAAAGAUCAUGUCAUCCAAUCAAAACCUGUGUUACAGGAUCAGCGUAGCUACAACUGGAAUGUUUGCAAGACACAGAUUAUUAAAUGAACUCUAACUCAUAGGGUAAUGUAAUAGUUAUUUUAUUUUAUCUCGGACCUGAUUAAGCUGACAUAAGCAAUGCUACUUUUCAUGUAGUCUGGCUAACGUUAGCAUGUUUUGAUGUUGUUAGUGAUUCUGUGAAUUUUCACAUCGUAAGCAUUAAGAUAAAAAAUCUGUAAAUAGGUCAGAUAUUAGCAAGCUAAUGUUACCUCUGUCAGUUGGCAACACAACCGUUAGUGUGUUCAGUAAUAUUUCAAUUUAAUUUUUUUAUCAUCCAUCACAAGAUAGAUCAUGGCCUUGUUCACACCUGGUUCACACCUGGUUCACACCUGGUAUGAACAUGUGGCCCCACACGUGUCUCGUGAUCCGAUCUCUAUCGGCUCAAUACAAACAUCAUUUCUGUUCACGAAAACCCAAAGAAGCAGAAAGAGGAAGAGAGAUGAGUCAGAAUGAAUCUGAAAAAAAGAUUUGAUCAGUUUAAUGAAAGUUUGAUUCAUUAUCAGCUGAUCAGUGUUGAUAUCCACAUGUUAGUUCCAGGUGUGUACGGGGCCUGUGUGAAGGAUCUUUAUAUAUUAUCUAUUAUUUAUAUAUUAUAUAAGACCUGAGAAACAAAACAGUUAGAUAUUUAAGUUCUAUCAGACCGUUAACAAUCAAAAUAAUGCCAGUGAUGUUUUUAGAUGUAAUGACAUUAGAAAUGAUAGCAGCACCAGUUGAUAUAAUAGUAGUUGAGUUUGUAUCUGGACCUGGAUCGUGCAGCAGGGGAGAAGAAGAUGAAAGAAGUUCUCGAUCUUAGAGAAUUAGAUCCGAGUGAAUACUAAUGAUUUAAUAUAUAGAUAUUUUUUGUGGUUAUUAAAGUUUUUGAUGAGCUGCUGCAACAACCAAUAGGAGGAUAUUAUGGUAUUCAGCAUUCAAUAUUGUACAGACAUCAAGCCAUAGACUAUUUAAUAAUUAAAAUAUUUUUUCUUUUAUUUCAGAGGUUGUCAAACUUUUGGCUCAGUCAGUUUAACGUAAUCGUAUUUUUUGUCGUUAUUACAUUUAUUCUUUUGUCCCGAUUAAGUUUUUAUAAAACACGGAUGUUGAAAAAAUAUUGUUUAUAUUGUUGAAUUGAACUCUUUAUUUCCUGCUGACCAAUAAACUGCCUCAAUUACUAACCAAUCAGCACGCAGAGGGGAAGCUCUGCCUAGUUGGCAGGUGAGUCACGGUUGAGGCUCCAACCAAUGGAGUCACGUUACCACAUCGUACAGAGUAAUGUAUUCAUACUUUUUAAUAAGUUCUAGCAGUAACGUCAUGAACCAAUCACAGACAAAUAAACAUCAUUUCUACGACACGAUUCGUUUCAUCUUGAGUUUGAUUCAUUUUACUCUGAUCGUUGAGAUUCAAUUUAAUUUGUAAUUAACGUUUAAACAACAAACCUGUUAACAUUGUUAGCUUGUUACUCUGAGGCUGCAAAGCAUUUUGGGAAACUGCUGGUGCUAUUAGCAUUGGUUAGUAACCUGGUUAUUAAUGGGCAAGAUACUGAACCCCAAACUGCCCCUAGAUGCACUGUGUGGAUGUGUGAGUGUAAAACUGUAAAGUGCUUUGAUUGGUCAUCAGGACUAGAGAAGAUCAUGAGAUAUUCAGACUAUUUACCACAUUCAUUUGUUUAGCUUUAGUUCUGGGUCGUCAUGGUUACCACAUGUUAAUAAACGUGUCAUCUGGGGACAGUGUGAAUAAAGUUUGAAUGAUGGACGCCUCCACAAAGAACUUUUUCUUUUCUUCUGGGUCCAUUUUUUAUAUUUAUCAUUUCUUAUGUAUCUUAUUGUUUUAUAAGAAAAAUAAAAUGUAAAGUUUAAA